AUGGCGAAUAGCCUUGUUGUGUACAUGCCAACACGUAGGGCAAACAACCUGAAAACAAUCCAGCCAAUCAGCCAUCAGUAUAAAGGGGAUUUGCGUUGCCAGCCAAUCAGCUCCCAGUUUGUCCCUACAAUAAUAUCUCGCUCAGACCAGACCAGUAGCUCAGACCAGACCAGUAGCUCAGACCAGACCAGUAGCUCAGACCAGACCAGUAGCUCAGACCAGACCAGUAGCUCAGACCAGACCAGUAGCUCAGACCAGACCAGUAGCUCAGACCAGACCAGUAGCUCAGACCAGACCAGUAGCUCAGACCAGACCAGUAGCUCAGACCAGACCAGUAGCUCAGACCAGACCAGUAGCUCAGACCAGACCAGUAGCUCAGACCAGACCAGUAGCUCAGACCAGACCAGUAGCUCAGACCAGACCAGUAGCUCAGACCAGACCAGUAGCUCAGACCAGACCAGUAGCUCAGACCAGACCAGUAGCUCAGACCAGACCAGUAGCUCAGACCAGACCAGUAGCUCAGACCAGACCAGUAGCUCAGACCAGACCAGUAGCUCAGACCAGACCAGUAGCUCAGACCAGACCAGUAGCUCAGACCAGACCAGUAGCUCAGACCAGACCAGUAGCUCAGACCAGACCAGUAGCUCAGACCAGACCAGUAGCUCAGACCAGACCAGUAGCUCAGACCAGACCAGUAGCUCAGACCAGACCAGUAGCUCAGACCAGACCAGUAGCUCAGACCAGACCAGUAGCUCAGACCAGACCAGUAGCUCAGACCAGACCAGUAGCUCAGACCAGACCAGUAGCUCAGACCAGACCAGUAGCUCAGACCAGACCAGUAGCUCAGACCAGACCAGUAGCUCAGACCAGACCAGUAGCUCAGACCAGACCAGUAGCUCAGACCAGACCAGUAGCUCAGACCAGACCAGUAGCUCAGACCAGACCAGUAGCUCAGGCCAGAAAGGUCGACCGUUUCAUUGA